ACUCCAGUAAUAUUCAUUACUACACCAAAGGUUCCAAACAGUACAUAAUAAGUACUAAAUCAGAAAGCCAAAAAGCAUCUCCAACACAUUUAAACUGGCCGCCACUGUUUUUAAGGCACCGAAUAUCACAUGUAUUGCAAAAGAAUGUAUGCCAAUUAUAUUAUAACACAGCUUAUCGAUCGUUAAUAUGUGACAGCGUUGCCAUAUCAAACAAAUUUCUCUAAAAUGGAGGUAAAUGGAGUGGAGGUAAAAGUUCAACCAGUUGAAUGUCUCGUUCGCUAAGCAAGUGGUAUCACAUGAAUUUUGAUUAAUUGAACUUGGUGUACGAAGUAUAUAUUACGUUGGGAUUAUUUCCAGAAAAAAAAAAGGAUAACAUGAACUCAAAAUUCCCAGUUCCAAAAUGCAAACUCUAGGAUUUAUGUUAAAUAUCUCUAAAUUUUCAAGUUUUGCGAAUUAUCUUGACUGGUGAUCCACUCCAGAUUCGCAUGGCUCACACCUUCACUGAUUUCUCAGUUGAUCCCAUAGAUAGGAGAGGUCGUCCACCUCACUUACUCAGGCUUAUCUUUCAAAGAUAGUCGAGACCAGCAAUGCAUUUGUGAUUCAGCCUAGCACCACUAACAUAUCGAAACAUCGCUGUCUGAUGUUGAAUCAUAAAUGCGUUGUGUUUGGGCUCUGGUUUUCAACCAGUUUUCUCUAGAUAUCUUUAUAAUUUUCUUUGGAAAACAUAUGUAUCUCUUUUCUCAUACCGAAAACCUGUUGUCCCGGUCUUAUGAUCAACCACAGUAAUUACUGAUUUAUCUGAUAAUGGAAAUUAUAAAUAAAAAUAAAAAAUUGUCAUUUUUAUGUUGAACCGAAUCCCCGAAAAACCCCUCUAAAGCUAAAGGAGUUUUACGUCAAUCGUGUGGUCUAAGCACACUCGCACUUUAAUAUUUGUCAACAACGCACUAACAUUAUCCGAUAUCGCCAGAAGUGCGGGUUUGUUAAAUCGUGAAACAUCGGCAAUGGAUAAAAAUAUUUGAAAGGUGACAAUGAAAUAACAUUUGUGAUGCACAGGAAUGUCUGUCGUUUUGAUGUGAUUUAAACAUAAAUGAGGUCAUCACAUUUGUUGGCAGAAAUGAACAAAUUAGAUUAAAAACGCUUCCUGACGUAUUCAAAAGUGACCCAAGGACAAGUCAUCCGAGUAUCCAGAAUGGUAGAGGAAAGCUUUGGACGAAAAGGAACCUUUUUCCAAUUUUUCGCAUCUCUGAUUGCAAAUAUGAUGGCUGUGACAGAUGGAAUGAGCAUGGGGUGGACAGCACCGAUGAUCCCGUAUUUCAUGAGCGAGAAGACUCACAUAAAAAUGACUAGAAACCAAGCUGAUUGGUUGGAAAACUCCCUUCUCAUCGGUGCCUUUGUCGGACUACCCACUACCAUGUACUUCGUAGACAAAAUCGGAAGAAGAAAAUCACUCAUGCUCGCUACUUCUGUAUUGAUAAUAUGCUGGAUUGCCGUUGCGAUAGCAGAUAGAGUGGAAUACAUCUAUGUGGCGAGGUUUUUCAAAGGACUUGGCCUGAAUAUGGCCUUUGUAGCAGCUCCGAUGUAUGUAGGAGAAAUAUCUCACAAAAAUAUCAGAGGAAUCCUUUCCAGUUCGAUAUUUGUACUGAUGCUGAUAGGGGUGCUAAUUAUAUACAGCGUAGGCCCUUUUGUACCCUUCUUUGUACCUUCCAUAAUAGCUGGAGGCUUGUUACUCAUCGAACUUGUGGUGUUUUUCUUUCUGCCAGAGUCACCCUACUAUUUGCUGGUCAGAAAUAAGGAUGACGAUGCUAGAAAAUCUCUACUGAGAUUCCGCGACAAUCCAGCAGACGUAGAAGUAGAGCUUAGGGAAAUGGCAGCCUCCUUAGAGGAAGAUCGCAAAACAGAGAAGUCUUCGCUCAAAGACAUUUUUCUAGUGAAAAGCUACCGAAAACCCAUGACAAUAAUGAUUGCACUGAAUCUGGCCCAACUCUUCAGCGGGUUUGAAGUGAUUCUGAUGAACCUGCACGAGAUUCUAGAUAGCGCCGGGUCUAUCUACGUCAGCCCUUCCUCGGCUGCUAUAAUUUUCGCUACGUUCAUGUUGGUAGCUUCAUCUCUAGCUUCUCUAUCAGUCGACAAAUUCGGGCGCAAAUUACUUCUUAUAGUUUCCAGUAUUCUUACUGGAGUGUGCCUGCUAACUCUGGGUUUGUACUUCAACUUGAAGCAUUCUGGUUACGACAUGACAACAGUCAGUUGGAUUCCCAUAGUAGCCGUGAUGACAUACGCUACUAGUUUCAAAUUAGGACUUGGAGUGGUACCAAUCGUGCUAACAGCUGAGAUAUUUGCUUCCAAAAUCAAAGCUAUAGGCAUGUCCUUAGGCGAUGCAGUGUAUGUUGGAGCAUCGCUGUUGGCUUUGCAAUUAUACUUUUCCCUGAAGGAACACCUAGGGAUCCAUAUUCCGUUUUACAUUUUUUGCUGUUGUUCAUUGUCGACAUCGUUAUUUGUUUGGUUUUUCGUCCCUGAAACCAAGGGUAAGAGUUUGGACGAGAUUCAGGAAAUAAUGAGGGGUGAAGUUGCUAAGAGUCCGGAGGAAAAUGUUAAGCUCAUGGAAGUGAAAGGGCAGUAAAAUACUCACUAUUUCAUUAGGCAGGGAACUUGAAACAACACUCUGUCAAACGACAUUCCACAGUGAGGAAGAUAUAUCGUAUUAGAUAUGUGUUGAACAUUGUACUGACUUUAAUUCGCCAAUGUGGUGUUUCUACGAAACACAUGACUUGUGUUUGUGAAGCAUUUUAUAUGGAACGCCGUUUCACUUUUUAUUGUCACUAUUGUCACUAGAUAUAUGUCUAUUUUAAAUGACACUCGAUUUAAAAUGUUACAUGAAUUAAUUUGUUUGAUGAAAAAUUGGAAACAGUUAUAAUAUAGAUUCA